AACAGAAGCACAAACAUAACCAUUUGCUACCUUAAAUCUGCUUCUUCAUCUUCUAAACUCUCUUCAUUUUUCAAUUCAGAUCUCAUUCUCAUGUAUUUCUUUUAAGUUCAUAUAAUUUUUUUGUUUUUGCUCUGUUUUUCUUGAAAAAACAAUACAAAAAUGGAGGGGUUAACAACAACAAGAAUAAUUCCGGAGGCAUUUGAAGGUGCAAGAGAUGACUUGUCAAUGCAGUUUCUGAUAGUUUGGGAUCAGGUCAAAGCGCCAUUGAUCGUCCCUUUACUGCGACUGGCCGUCGCUAUAUGUUUGUUUAUGUCGCUAAUGCUCUUCUUUGAAAGAGUUUACAUGGGUGUUGUCAUUUCCCUCGUCAAGAUUUUUGGUCGCAAACCUGAGAAACGCUACAAAUGGGAGCCUUUGAAAGAUGAUGUUGAGUUGGGGAACUCUGUUUAUCCUAUGGUUCUUGUUCAAAUCCCCAUGUACAAUGAGCGCGAGGUGUAUCAACUUUCUAUAGGAGCAGCAUGUGGUCUAUCAUGGCCAUCUGACCGGAUCAUAAUUCAAGUACUUGACGAUUCAACUGACCCGACAAUCAAGGAUUUAGUGGAAAUAGAGUGUCAAAGAUGGGCAAGCAAAGGCAUUAAUAUUAAGUACGAGAUUAGAGAUAAUAGAAAUGGGUAUAAAGCUGGAGCUUUAAAAGAAGGCAUGAAACGAAGCUACGUCAAAAAUUGUGACUUUGUAGCCAUUUUUGAUGCCGAUUUUCAACCCGAACCGGACUUUUUGUGGCGAACCGUUCCUUUUCUGGUUCAUAAUCCUGAACUGGGUUUGGUUCAGUCUCGUUGGAAAUUCGUGAAUUCUGAUGAGUGCUUGAUGACAAGAAUGCAAGAAAUGUCUUUGGAUUAUCAUUUUACUGUUGAGCAAGAAGUGGGAUCUUCUACUUAUGCUUUCUUUGGCUUCAACGGAACGGCAGGAGUAUGGAGAAUAGCUGCACUGAAUGAAGCUGGAGGGUGGAAGGACAGGACAACAGUAGAGGACAUGGACCUUGCUGUCCGAGCCAGUCUCAAAGGAUGGAAAUUUUUGUAUCUUGGUACUCUUAAGGUGAAAAAUGAGUUGCCUAGCACAUUCAAGGCAUACCGGUACCAGCAGCAUCGUUGGUCAUGCGGUCCUGCUAAUCUCUUCAGGAAAAUGGUGAUGGAGAUUAUGACAAAUAAGAAAGUUACAUUGUGGAAGAAAGUACAUGUGAUUUACAGUUUCUUCGUAGUCAGAAAAAUCGUAGCCCACAUUGUUACAUUCGUGUUCUACUGUGUGGUUUUGCCUGCAACUGUUUUAGUACCAGAAGUUACAGUUCCGAAGUGGGGAGCUGUUUAUAUUCCUUCGAUCAUCACUCUUCUUAACGCUGUCGGAACCCCAAGAUCACUUCACUUGAUUGCGUUUUGGAUCCUUUUCGAGAAUGUGAUGUCGUUGCAUCGGACUAAAGCUACCUUCAUCGGGUUGCUUGAGGCGGGCAGGGUUAAUGAAUGGAUCGUCACUGAAAAACUCGGAGAUGCUUCCAAGUCAAAAGCCCCCAAAAAACCUCGCUUUAAAUUAGGAGAAAGACUCCACCUGUUAGAACUCGGAACUGGAGCGUUCCUAUUCUUCUGCGGUUGCUACGAUAUUGCAUUCGGUAAAAAUCAUUAUUUCUUCUACCUUUUCGCUCAAGCAAUCGCGUUUUUCAUCAUGGGAUUCGGCUACAUCGGUACAUUUGUUCCCAAUUCUUAAUGUGAACGUCUGAAAAGUAGCUACAGUUGGUACAGCUCUUUCAGCAUUUCUUCAAACCUAAUCCUGCGCCAUUAAUGGUGCAUUAAAACUGGAAAUUUCUGCAGUUUUUAGGUUUGUAUAAAAAAAACAAGACAGUGAAGGUGCAUAACGGUCAUAUUCUUUUAUCUUGUGAAUAUUACAUUUUAUGGAAGCUACAGACACAUUGGAUUUUGAUUGUAUACAGAGAAUAUAAAAAAAGUUAUUUUCAUUACGUAGACAGAGCAGAACAUCUUGGGAUGGAAUUGUCACUGUGACAUUUUGUAGGGGUUCUUUUUGUUGGGUUCAAAUUGUAUUGUUUGUGGUUGGCAUUGUGUUUGGAAGGAAAUAAAUAGAAAUUUUUUUGCAAAAAUUAUUGCUUA